UUCCUGCCUAUAGAGCUCCUCAAAAAGCACCUUCACAAAGUGUUCCUGUCUAUAGAGCUCCUUCUCAACAACCACCUGUACGGUCUGCCCCUAUGCCAAGAACUCCUUCUCAACGAGCAAAUACACAAACAUUCCCUAUCCAAAAAGCUCCAGUCCACGUCGGACAAGCAUCUUAUGGCAGAACUACUUUAACGUCAAGUUAUACCAAACGCCCUAACAAAUCGAAUACAUCUCCGAAAUUAUCAGCUAUAAAAACACAUGCAUCUAAUUACAUUCAAGGUCCAAAAGCAAGUGGACAUGUCGCUCCUCAGCGAAAGAUAUCCGAGCAGUCACGGACAUCUAUCUACAGAGCACAACAACCAAACUACGUACAUAAACAAGUCCUCCCAUCGACCAACAGAUGGACAUGGCAAGCAGCACAAAGAGCCCCAUCAGUAAGGCAACAAGCAUCGCCCCUUAAGAACAUGAUGAAUCCUUCUCACAAAUCGGGGGGGUUCGGGGUUUCAGGAAACAUGGUACUUCCUCCCUCUCCCCUUGGUUCUCUGCUACAGUAUGCUUCCAAUACAAGUCAUCCACAACAAGCAGCAUCUGCAACCAGAUCUCCAUCUCCACUGGACUUCAUGAUGCGGCUUAUCGAGGUUGUGAGCAGGAUUAAGGCAGCCCGAUCCCUUGACUGCAAGACGGUGCCUGAGCUGAUGGGGCUGGAUCAUCUAGCCCUCUUCCCUAUGAGCUGUGAUGACAGGUGCCCGCCCAUGAUGACGUGUAGGAAGGCGGGUCAUGUUGCCUUCUGUUGUCCCCUGCCAGUGACAGACAACUUGAUCCGGGUGAAGGCAUACGCGGAGAGAAUGGAGCUCUUGGUGAAUCAGUAACCCCGAACAAGAAACCAACGUCCCGAUAUCAGAGAAAGGCUAUUUCACAGUGGACUAUCACGACUUGACUCAGAAUCUCUGCCGAGUCCAUGGGCGUGUUAUCUGGGUUUUCAUGAGGCGUUAAUAGUGUUAUAUUGUGUCGUAGGACACAUGCAUA